CUAUGUCUCAUUCAUCCGUUGCCAGCCGAUAUCAUGCGAAAAUAUCUCCUAUGCCCGAUGUAUCACGUACAUAGAGUUGACCUGGGUGGUUACAUUGGGAGAAAGCGAAGCGGGGUCGACAGACGUAUAAGAGGCAAUGGUGCAAUACCAAUCGAUGGCAAUUACAAUUGCUCUUAUAGGAAGUUCCGUAAUUAGUAAUCAUGGUAUCUCGUCCACUCUCCAGGAAAACACUCCAUGAUCCUGAAAACACCAAAACUUCGCCCAGAGAAAAUGACACCAACGAAGAUAAUCGCCUGUCGGAGAAAUUCGCAACAUUCAGACACCUAGUCCCUAUCACCCAAAACCCCGACGUCAUCUUCCUCAACUCCGCCUCCGCUCCACCCUCAAACCUCGUCGUCCACGAGGCCAUCACAAAGUACUCCUCCGACGCCCUCUACGAGCCGUACCCGUACGCAAAAUGGCAAGGCACCCGCCAAGAAGCGCGGGGGCUCAUCGCCAGGUGCAUCAAUGCCGAGACACCGGAAACGCUUGCGUUCACGCGUGAUACGACGGAGGGGUUGGGAGGGUUUAUACGCGCACUGGCAGGUGGAAGGGAAGGGUUUGGAAAAGGGGAUAAUGUGGUGCUGGUCGAUAACGAACACCCUAAUAUGGUGUACUGCUGGCUCGCGCUGCGCGAGCAGGGACUCGAGGUCAGGAUCGUGCCGACGGUCGAAGAGGCCCGGAGGACGGGGCGGAUACGUGCUGUGGGGCCGGAUACGCUGAGACCGUAUGUGGAUUCACGCACUCGCGCGGUGGGGAUUAGCUCGAUUUCGUUUGAUGCGGGGCAGAUGAACGAUGUGGAGGGGAUUUGCAGGGAGUUCAGGCCGAGGGGUAUACAUGUUUUGGCGGAUGUCUCGCAGCAUGUGGGGAUUGCGCGGAUCGAUGUACAGAGGAUGGACGUCUCGGCCGCGGCGUUUAGUCUGCAUAAGGGGUUGAAUUGUCCCACUGGGAUAGGGGCGUUGUAUAUUUCUCCCCGAGCAUUCGCGGAGUUGGGGGAUCCGGUCCCGCCGAUUGUUAAUAUGGCUGCCGUGCGGAAUAUGAGCGAGAAUUUGCUGGUUAGUGCGGAUGAGCCCGUGGAUUACUUCCCGGAUGCGAGGAGGUUCGAGCAUCAGAAUAUGAGCCUUGUGGGUGUGGCUGCCGCGGCGGCGUUCACGAGGUUUUAUCUCGGGGUUUUGGGUCCUGCGGAUGUGGAGGCGUAUUUGUAUAAUCUGACGGAGUUGCUGAAGCGGGAGUGUGAGGGCUUGGGGAUUGGAGUCGCGGGUCCGAUGGAGAGGGGGGAGAGGGCACCGCAUAUUUGUGUGCUGGAGCUGGCUGGGGAGACGUGGGGGCCGUAUCUAACCAGGGUUUGUGGUGCGAGGAUUACGGUGAAUCGGUUGGGGAUUCGGGUCUCGUUUGGGUUCUUCAACUCGGUGGAGGAUAUCAGGAGGCUUGUGAAGGUGCUAGAGAUAGGGGUUGCGAAGGGGUUACGAGUGAGAGGCACAUAGUAGACAUGUCCUGCAAUGACCUAUAGAUGACAUUGCCUUGAAAGACCCAAACGAGAGUUGCCUGCCUAUAUCACAGUUGAACCUCUACCCGUCAAAGCUUCCGAAGCAUCUCUUGAUAAAAGUAGUACGCUUCCAAUCAUCAAGAUUCGCAUAAUACGAUCUGCAAACCUCCUCCCUCAACGGACAUCCUGGAUUUGCUGCUUCCAGGAAAAGACCACACCUCGAGAAGGGUUUCAAUAAGUCGUCUUGAGGGUCUUUCCCGGUCCCUAGAAGC